AUGAGGCCGCAUUUGUGCUUUGGAUCACCUUCAACUCCUUUUAUCGAAUCAUUUUGGUCAUCUGCUGUAUUUGCUGAUAAAGAGAAGGGUGUGAAUCUUGAUAGUGCUGGUGCAAGGGACCCUCCGAUGAGAGAGUGGAGAAAAUGGUGCCGUAGAAGAUCAAACCAUGAUAUAAGUCAAUUGCUAACAAGGGGAAAGAAAAAGGAAAGCACCCUUGCCCUUCCCAAUGUCGGUUAUAAUCAAGGUCAAAGAAAUGAGAUAGUCACUGUUGCAAAUGUUGGGUUCAAGAUGUUUGUUAGAAAUCUUCAGCCCUUGUUUGACCUUGUGACAAUUGACAAAGUUGAGGCUGACUGUCUGGAGAUCUAUAAAAAAGAGAAACAGAAAGUGUAUGAGGAGUUAGAUAAGUUGCCUGGAAAAGUCAGCCUUAGUGCUGAUAGAUGGGUCGCUAAUGGAGAUAUGCAAUACCUGUGUUUGAUAGCGUACUACAUUGACGAUUCUUGGGCAUUAAAGAAGAAGAUUUUGAACUUUUUAAAGAUUGAUCCUUCUCGAACAGAAGAUUCGUUUUCAGAAGUAAUCAUGGAUAGCCUUAGGGAUUGGGAUAUUGACCGGAAGUUGUUUUCAUUGACCAUCGAUAACCAUUCCUCCUAUGACAAGAUUGUCUGUAGAAUCAGAGACCAACUAUGCCAGCACAGGUUCCUCAUGUGUGAAGGUCAAUUAUUUGAUGUACGCUGCGCUGCAAGCACUGUCAAGUUUUUGGUCCAAGAUGUACUGGAAGCAUCUAGUGAGAUAACUCAUAAAGUUCGGGAAAGCAUACGAUUGCAUAGAUAUUGUUUCAAAUUGUAUGAAAGCUCUUUACAAUGGGCAUGCGAUCUAUUCACCAUUAGCUUCUCAUGA